GGCUUCGAAUUAGCCGACAAUCAUAUCAACUGGCGCGUACUACAACAAGAAAUUACUUGGCAUUCAAAACCUCUUUUGGAGACCGGUUCUUCCUCGGUUUCAUCAAUGUAGGGGCAUAUGCCGUCGUCUUCCAGUAUCUAAUUCAAUGGUAAUUUGGAGAUUAUGAUUGGAUAGUCACAGCGUGGCUGAUAUUCAGAUCGCAAAGGCAGCCUGCGAACGAAAGUGGAGCGACAUAAAAUGGUACUCAGAGCGUCCUCCAUUUCUCCAGUCCACUUUCAUCUUGACAAUGUUGGCUGCAUCUCUUCUGUCCUUGGCUACUUUGGCUGUUUUUGCCGCAGCACAUCCCGGCGAAGUUCAUCAGCAACUGAGCGAGUGGGAGCUCGUGGUUCGCAAGGCUGCAGCUCGUGAACGUCACUUGCUUGCCCGCAAUUGCGCGCCCCAGAUCUCGGACUUUACUGCUCGAAGGAAGGCCAAGAGAGAUCUUAAAAGACGAAACUUUGAACCUCGUGCACCUUCUCUGACUGCCACUGCCGCAGACCCGCAUUACACGGAAUUGCAAAACACGACUUGUGUUACCGCUCCUGAAGUCACCGAAGGCCCUUACUAUAUCAACAACGAGCUCGUCCGACAGAACCUCACCGAGGACCAAAGUGGUAUUCAACUUAUUCUCGACAUCGGUGUCUUAGAUACCACCACUUGCGAGCCUCUUUCUAACGCAUUUGUUGAAAUCUGGGCUGCGAAUGCCACCGGUUUCUAUGGAUCGUACGGUGCUAUGUCUGGGGGACCCCCGGUCGAACGUCGUCAGGGCCCUGGCGGUCCCGGAGGAGGUGCUGGCGGAGGAUCCCAGGUUAUGGCUAGGAACGAGACGUUCUUGAGAGGAGGUCUGGCUACCGAUGACGCUGGAAUCACCGAGUUAAUUACGAUCUAUCCUGGCUAUUACACCGGAAGGACUGCGCACAUUCACACUAUGGUUCACCUCAACUGGGAAGCAUCUGCAAACGGCACUCUAGUUUCACACUCUGGAAGUCUCUUACACAUUGGUCAAUUCUUCUUCGAUGAAGACUGGAAUGACCAGGUCUAUGCCAUCGAUCCCUACACCACCACUACGCAGAGUCGUACCUACAACGAACAGGACUCGAUCUUGCAGGAAGAGAACUCCAACGGUAACAACGCAUACGUUGGUCUUGAAUUGCUUGGAAGCGACUUCUCUGAUGGUUUGCUUGGAUACAUUACCGUUGGAGUAGAUUCAACCGCAUCCUACACUAUCAUGAAUACCAAUUACCUGAACUCGACUGGCGCGUAGACUAGUCCGAGUGGUAGUGCAUAGCGUAGGCGAUGCCUCCCUGCUUUCACAGUUCUCCAAGAGUUUGAUGUCACCAUAUCCACGCAGAAAUGAAGUUACUUAGUCUCUAUUAUACUUUGUGUAUGAGCCGAUUGUGUUUUAUGAGAGUUUUUUUUUGC